AUGACGGCCAUGAAGCAGUUGAUCCCGUCUGCUGCAUGUGUAGCCGCCAGACAGCGAGCAUCCUCUCCACCAGGACUGACGGCGUGCAAGUCUGCCAUCUUGACAGCAGCCAGAGGCAGUUUUUCCGGUUCAGCAGUCCUGGUUCUGUCCAACCUCAGCGCUGGAGAAGCGGGCAGCUCCCUUUCGUCUCCCUCUUCUUCUUCUUCUUCUUCUUCUUCUCCUCCCCUCUUGUGUCUCUGCCCCGUUCCUUCAGACUCCUCGCUCUCUUCGUCUCCUCAGAGCAUCGCCGUCGUCUGCGUCUCGUCCGUAUCAACUGACUCUGCCGACUGCCGCUGGCCUUCAGAGGCCGUCGAGGAAGAAAAGCAAACAAGGACGUCAUUUGACCCAGCCAGGGCGGAAUUCCUGGCGCAACCUGUCGUACUUUUGCCUCCGCAGCGACGACAGCGACAGCGACAGCAACAUCCGACCCAACGGCUUCAUGUCUUCAGCUGGCGAUCCCACCUGGAAGCCAGCGCAUCGCCAUGCCGCCGACUCGCAGUGACAGCAGCGCCAGCAGCAGCCGUAAUGGCCAUGACAACCCCCCAUCUACCUAUUUUUUUUUUCUUCUUCUUCUUCUUCAUCAUCUUCCCUCCCCGUCAACUCCCCCCUGCCUACUACCUGCAGCAGCUCGAGUCCUUUGCCAGCCCGGUACCAGACCUGGCCGCCACCCUGAUGAGCAACCCAGAGGAUGAGAUACACAGCGAAAACGUCCACUUUCUUCGAAGCAGAAGACGGUCGUCGACGGAGCUCUCGCCCUCGCGUGCCCGUACCCGCAGACGCCAGCUCGGUGGAGGCGGCGGCGGAGGAGGAGGAGGCGUAGGGGUGGGUGCUGGUGCAGGAAUGGCCGAUUCGCCUCACGAUUCCGUCGACUUCGGCGGUGAUCAGUACAUGCCUAGGUCGCAUCAACAGUAUACCUCCGGCCAUGGACAGAGGAUACCAAUCAUUCGCCGACGGGGAGCCAUGAACAUCAGCCACGGCCCGGCCUACGAAGGUCCUCCUCAGCAGUCGAACAGGAUAUACAGCUGGGCCCCGACGCAGGACGAAGAAGGCGGUCUCUACGUCCGCACCGACCCAUUGCAUCCUCGAGACGAGAUAUGGUUCGACCGGUCAGCGUCUUCUUCUUCCAGAGACGAGGACGGCUCGCUUUGGAGUCAUCUGCCUAGAGAGCUCAGAGGGACGGCCCAGUUGGCGUCGGAGUCACCGCCCGAAGAGCAGGAAGGCGGACGUGCUGUGGGAGCGCCGAACAUGCCCCUGGCACGAGACAACCCGGCCUUGGUCACCGCAGCCAUCUUACAGUCUGUCAGAAGAAACCACAGAUACUCACCGAGAGUGCGAACGCCGCAGAACCAGAUGCAGGACGACGACGGCCGAGACAGGACCAUUAACGCAAGCACCAACGGCUACAGCAGCUACAAUAACAACAGCAGCACCAGCAACAACAACAAUAAUAAUAACGAUUUUGCCACCCCUUUCUCCUUUUCUCCCCAAGGGAGACGCUCGAGUCCUCGGUUAUCACCACCUGCUCGCAUCGAUACAUCGAGAAAUUCCGAUAUUCGCCGCAUGUACCUCAAAGACCCCUCUAUUGACCGCCUCAGGGAGGCCAUCCAGUACCUGGACCGAGUCCGUUUCUCAAACUCUUAUGAAGAAAGCCUUUCCACCGCCGCAGCUGGAGGCUUUGUUCAGUUUGAGUAUUUCCUUCGCAAUGAAGAUGACUUCAUCCUUGACACAGGCUCGAUUGCAGGCCCAGGCUACUGCUCCUGGUUGAGCCCUGGCACUGUUUUCUCUGGCCAACAGCAAGCGACGGCAUCGACUGCAAUGCUGCCACACAGGUUGCUGGGAACUACUCGCCCCUCGACAGAGUCUAACGCUGCCUCGGGUGCUGGAAGCCGGAUAAGCGUCUACACCAGCAGCGGCCGAAGUUAUUGGGCAAGCAAUAUCAUGGGCAACAGCAACAGUAACGGUAGCAACAAUAACAGCAGCAGUAGCAGUCAAGACCCAGAGCCUGCAAAGACAGAAAGCUGGCCUGUUAAA